UUUGGAUUUAUCGAUAGAAAAGGAAAAUAUCUGAAGAAUGGAAUUUUAUCGAAAAUAUGAUGGGUUCAUGUUCAUGUCCAGCCAGAAUAACAGCGCUUUGAACCGAGACUUCAAAUUCAAAGUAAAAAGGGAGCAAGGAAGUGAAAAAACAAAUUUACAAAACCUCCAAAUAAAACAAAAUGUCAUCGUCCAAGGCAAAACCCCCUUCUUCACUCUCACUCUGCAGCCCUCAGCCUCAGCCUCAGAAAAACAAGUAUGGGCAGGGAGUGUUUGGAGACGUGUACAGCAUCAUCAAAGACUUGGAGAUUGAUCAUCAUAACUCUACCUUUGCUUUUCAAUUUCAGCUUCCCCCACUUCCUAAUUUGUUGGUCUCUAGAGAGGUUCGCGAGUUUAUCAGCGGUGCCCUAGCAGGGGCAAUGACAAAGGCUAUACUUGCUCCUCUUGAGACCAUCAGGACAAGAAUGGUAGUUGGUGUUGGGUCUAAAAAUAUCACCGGUAGUUUCAUUCAGGUUAUAGAGCAGCAGGGAUGGCAAGGAUUGUGGGCUGGAAACAUGAUCAACAUGCUUCGAAUAAUUCCAACACAGGCCAUUGAGCUAGGCACAUUUGAGUGUGUGAAAAGGACAAUGACAUCGGUGCAAGAGAAAUGGAAGCAGAAUGAACACCCCAAGUUGCAGAUAGGUUGCAUCAAUAUGGACUUAUCUUUAUCUUGGAUCUCACCAGUUGCCCUGGCUGGUGCAGCUGCAGGAAUUGCUAGCACACUUGUAUGCCAUCCCCUGGAAGUUUUGAAGGACCGGCUAACUGUAAGUCCUGAAGCCUACCCUAGUUUAGGUAUUGCCAUUAGAAAUAUUUAUAAAGAUGGUGGUGUUGGCGCUUUUUAUGCUGGUAUCUCACCAACUCUAAUUGGCAUGCUUCCAUACAGUACAUGUUAUUAUUUCAUGUAUGAUACGAUGAAGAAAACUUACUGCCAGACCAGAAAUAAGAAAUCUCUAACUCGUCCAGAGAUGCUUUUGCUUGGAGCUCUAGCAGGUUUUACUGCCAGUACAAUUAGCUUCCCAUUGGAGGUGGCUCGGAAGCGCCUGAUGGUGGGUGCUUUGCAAGGUAAGUGCCCACCAAACAUGGCAGCAGCACUUUCAGAAGUGAUUAGAGAAGAAGGUCUGAAGGGUCUCUAUAGGGGAUGGGGUGCAAGCUGUUUAAAGGUCAUGCCUUCCUCUGGUAUCACCUGGAUGUUUUAUGAAGCAUGGAAAGACAUAUUGCUUGUCCAGAAUAGUAAUUCCUACUAGUCUAAUAAUAAGGUUAGGUGAGUUUGUAGCUCUACAAGUCAUGGUAGUUAACUAUUUACAUUUUUUUCUUUUGAAUUUUAUAAGAAUGGUAUAACUCAAUGCCUGGCAAGAAAAGUUGCUUUGCCAGGGCAGCCAGCUAGCUAGCUCGUUAGUUACCUAGCUUGUAAGUUUCCAGAUUUUGAUAUUGAUUUGGGAAGAUUCCCAUCCAAGAAAAAGGUUAUCAAAUGAGUUUGGGAUUAGUUUCCUAUGUUCA